ACAUGUACACUUACUCAAAUCAAAAUCAAAAUCAAAAAAAGAAAAGAAAAGACUAUAAAAUAUCACACUCACACACUCUCCACCGGUGCCGGAGCUAACCUCACCGGAGAAGUUGCAGACCGGAAAAAAUGGCGAAAUCUUCCACCCUUUUCUCCCAUUGUUACGCUCCAAUCACCUUCACCACCAAAACCCAUCAUCAUCACCAUCUUCACCAUCGUCAUCUCUCUCUAAAGACUCAACCUUUUUCCUCAACUCCAGUCAAUCUCAAUCAAAAACUCAAUCUCAAUCACAACACUCUUCAUCAUCAUCAUCAUCAUCAUCAUCAUCAUCGUCUUCAUUCUUCUCUUAAUUCCGAAGUUCCACACCCAAACUCUCUAACCCAAUGGGAUUCCUUAACAGCCAACUUCUCCGCCGCUGCAAACAUUCCCUUUCUCCUUCUCCAACUUCCCCAAAUCAUCCUCAACGCUCGUAAUCUCAUCGCCGGUAACAAGUCCGCUCUUUUAGCUGUCCCCUGGCUCGGAAUGCUCACUGGGUUACUAGGAAACCUCUCAUUGCUUUCUUACUUCUCCAAAAAGAGAGAGAAGGAAGUCAUUGUUGUUCAAACCCUAGGUGUAAUCUCACAAUUCAUUGUCUUUGGUCAGCUUGCAAUGGCCGAUGCUAUGCCUUUUCCUUACUUCGUUGCUACCACAGUACUCGUUGUAACGGGUUUGGCUGUUAAUUUCUUGAAUUACUUCUAUUUGCUUAAUGAUUCGGUGUGGAGAUUUUGGGAGGAUGUUAUUACAGUUGGUGGUUUAUCAGCUUUGCCACAGGUUAUGUGGUCCACAUUUGUUCCUUAUUUACCAAACACUAUAUUGCCCGGUGCUCUAUCGUUUGUUGUAGCUGUUGCAGCUGUUGUUAUGGCACGACUAGGUAAACUAUCUGAGAAAGGUACUAAAUUUGUUGGAGCUAUAUCUGGAUGGACGGCUACACUCCUCUUCAUGUGGAUGCCGGUAUCACAAAUGUGGACAAAUUUCCUCAAUCCUGACAAUAUUAAAGGCUUAUCACCUGUUUCUAUGUUGCUUGCAAUGAUUGGCAAUGGACUCAUGAUUCCCCGUGCGCUUUUAACUCGCGAUUUCAUGUGGUUUCUCGGUUCUUCUUGGGCUUCAUUCUUUUACGGAUAUGGAAAUCUAGCCUGCUUGUACUGGUUCAAUAGUAUCAGCAAGGAAUUCUUCUUGGCAGCAACCGCUGGUUUCGUAUUGUGGAUAGGAAUGGCUCUAUGGAGAGACACUGUUGUCCAUGGAUAUAGCUCACCUUUCACUUCAUUGAAAGAGUUGAUUUCUGGUUCUUAGAGAGAGUUAUUCAUCAAUUGGGUAGCUUUAAAUUGUUAUUACAAUAAAUAUUAUAUUACAAGUAAUUAGAAUAAUUAUUACUUUGUAACCCCUUCAAUUUUGUAAGAAAUUAUUAUCUACUCCAUUAAUUAAUCCAACAGUUUUAUUUA